UAAACGGAUUUAAACAGACGUGUAUUUAACAUACACAGAAGUGGCAGGAAGUAAAGCGUGUUUCGAGAUCACUGUUUUUGCGAAGAAUUUCAAGCCUAAAGGAUCUAUCAGAUUGAUUUAUUUGUAACUAAUGUAUUCAAGAAAGAAUGGCGACAGAGUUAAUGUCAGAACUAGAAACUCACCUGAAUCAAAACAGUUCUACAAUGAAUGAUAUUUAUAUCGAUCAGGGUGGCGAGUGGGAUUAUAGCCUGUUUGAUGAGCUGGGAGAUUUGGGAGAUGCAGAAGAGCUGCUGCAGUCUUUGGCUCAUGAGUCAUAUGUAUAUAAUGAUGCAGGCUUUGAUUUUGAUAUUGAUUUAGUGCCCUGGGAUGAGACUAGCAGUAGCUGCACAGAUUGGGAGAUGGCAGCUGGCUCCCUCUCCCCCACCACGACAAUCAAUUCAGUCCCGUCUCCUUCCUCUGUGGACACCCUUUCACCAUGCAGUGUACCUGAAGAGUUCAGCAUCUCUUCUCAGUCUCAGCUGUCUCCUGUAUCUCUGUAUUCAGACACUAGCAGCUCUGAUCUGAAGGUAGAGAACAAAGCCUGGAGGAAGACUGCCACAGGAAAAUCCUCUUCAAAUCCACCAAAGCGCCCCUUUCAGUUGAAACCAAAGAUUUCUAUUCAGCCUAAGCCAAUAAUCACAGCAGUUCCCUUUGCUCAGAACAUUGGCACUAUUCCAGCUAAAACAAUACUAAUCCAGCCUCUUCAGACUGUGCUGCCCGUGUCCAAGCAGCAACCUGUUACCAUCCAACCAGCACUUCCUUGUGGGCGACCAGUGGUGCUGCAUCAGCCAACCCAAGUGGUGCAGCAGAUCCUUACUACGCGGCAGGUUGUAACCAUCGCUGAUGAGGUCAUCACUCUCCCCAAUCAUCCUGGGGACGGACUGACUACCACCGGAAACACUGCACUCCCUGCAGUCAUCCAGAGCCAGCACAUCUCUGUGGGACACUGCCAGACCGGAGCUACUGACGGAGAUAAUGUGUUGAGGAGGCAGCAGCGUAUUAUUAAAAACCGUGAAUCUGCUUCUCAAUCGAGAAAAAAGAAAAAGGAAUAUCUGCUCACCCUGGAGGCCAGGUUGAAGGUAGCUCUGUCUGAAAAUGAAAGACUGAAGAAUGAAAAUGGUUCCCUGAAAAAACGGCUAGAUGGGCUUUCAUCAGAGAACCAGAUCCUUAAGAUUACAGCACCAAAAAGAAGGUCUGUUUGUGUCCUGGUGGUCUUGGCAUUCAUAAUGCUGAACAGUGGCCCAUUGAGUUUAUUUCAUCAAGAUCCAAACACCAAGAUCACCAGCGCAGUACACAACGGCAGACAUCUGCUUGAAUUCUCGACUGAAAAUGAGAAUAACAUGGCACAGGAAGCACCUGAAAUUCUCAUUCCACAAACCCCUGACAGAUCUGACAGCUCAGCCUUGGAUCAGAAGGCCUUGAUGGUGGUGAAGGAGGAGCCUCUGUUGUAUUUUCCAUCUCCCUCAUGUCAGCCUCAUGUCAACAGGACCAAGUCUAUCAGGUUAGCUCAUGAGCUACGUGGCUGGGUUCAUAGGCAUGAAGUUGAAAGGACAAAAUCCAGAAGGAUGUCAAACAGUCAGCACAAAGCAAGAAGCAUGCAGAAAUCUCAGGAUAAAAAGGCUGAUGUUGCCCAGAUUGUGACGGUCCAGUACACUGAUACAACUGACAAGAGCUCAGGGAGUGAAUUACAGGUAUAUUAUGCCGCACACCGCAGUUACCAGGAUUUCUUUGAUGAGAUUCGUAGAAGAGGGGACACCUUUUAUGUCGUUUCAUUUCGGAGGGAUCAUCUCCUUUUGCCUGCUACAAGCCAUAACAAGGGAAGAAGACCGAAGAUGUCCCUAGUUCUGCCAGCUAACGUGAAUGAAAGUCUAAUAAAGAAUGAGGACUAUGAAGUCAUGAUGCAGAUAGACUGUGAGGUCAUGGACACCAGGAUUCUCCACAUCAAGACCUCCUCUAUCCCACCAAUCCUGCGCGAUCCACGGCAGAAUCGCACCAACUCCUUCUACCACUCGACUUCAGCCAGCAACCAGGCCACUCCUGUUGGAGUUAUCGCUGAAUCGAUGAAAUAAAAAUGAAAAACAGGCACACUGUCAACAAUUUAGUAGACUUAGAUGUUAUGUUUCCAUCUUCAUCUGUUUUGUCUGUGUUGAGAUAUUUAUUUGUGCUUGCCAGCUUUUCCGUUUGUAUUGCAGUUCAUUGAGAUGUCAUCAUUAUUGGCAUUAUUAUUAGUGUCAGUGUGUCAAGUGCCUUCGCUUGACAGUUUCCUGUGGUCUCCCAUCUUUGUUUUUUUUUUUAUUUUAGUUUCUGGUGCUGCAAUAAUUUACAUAACAGGGUUUCACCCCUAAUAUACAACAUAGUAGAAAAAGUAGAAAAGGCAACAACCCAACAUACUCACCUCUCCAUUCUUCAUCUCCAUAUCCCUCUGUCUUUACAAUCUCAAACACAUCUUGUUCUCUAUGUUAACUAUACCACUCCCUGGCUUUGUGUUCUGUGUCUUUAUUACCUGUCUUUGUGAAAUAGUUUCUACCUCAAUUCCUUUUCCUUUUUUGAGGCCAUUUUCCAUCUAGCACAUCUUUUAACCCACUAUUCCAAAACAGAAAAACUCAAAACCAGAUUGCAAGCAGGACAUCUAACUGGACUUUGGCAACAUGUCUGAGUGACGUAUAAAGACUGGAAGGACCUUCAAAGUGGGCAGUGUGCUGUCUGUGGAAAACAAGGACAUAAAAAAGAGACAAGAGAAUUUACAAGACAAGCCCUUGUAAUUAACUGUGAUAGAUGGAUAAGACCUGAAAAUUGUUAUUGAAUGUCACAAGUCCAUGUAUUGUGAGUAUCCUUUUAAAUAUAGCUGAAGAAAUUGUAGACACAGCAGUCAAUUUUGUGUUUCAGCAUCUACACGUGCAAGUACUAAAACCCUGAAUACAAACAUAGAGAGUAACUUAAUUUGAAAUAAGGUUGUGCCUGUGAGUUUUGUAUAAGACUUAAUCUGCCUGUGAAAAACAAAUGAUGCAGUUUUAUUAUUGCUGUGUUUUCCUAUAUUUCCAUUUUGCACUCAGUAUUGUGAAUGCAUGAAUAGAUUCAUAAAUAGUUAUACAUUCUGGUAGUAAACCUUUUUUCUUAAAUGAAUGUUUUAGCGGCUAUAUUUUUAAGUUAAAUAUCUGGCAAAAAAAAAUGUAUACAUAGUAUUGUAUUAAAUGUUUAUGUAAAAUAUAGUAAUGUCUGACUAUUUUAUAUAAGAUACAAAGUAUAAAUUUAUGCUUUCUGAAAAUUACAACCAAAAGCACUUUAAAAUGAGAAAUGAUUCAGCAGCAAAAGAAAAUAUAAGAAUCUAAAAUGUAUCUUCCAAGUUUGUUUUCUUCCCUGGUUGAGAACAGGCAGGGCACUACAUUAAAGCAAACUCAAUCUUUGAUGCUGUGAUCACAAACAUAUUAAGAUUGUAUCAAACGAUGCACUGACAAUGAAGAUUAGUGGUAAAAAAAAAAAAAUCUGACAUUGUACAGAUAUUGCUUUAGCGUUAGAGAAGUCCUUCGGUAGCUACUGAAAAAAAAUACAUUUCUCGUUUAAAAGUCUCUGGGGUGUGAAGAUAAUGUUAGCUGUUCUUUAUUUGGUAUGGAUGAUAACAUUUGUAUAGUAAUAACACCCGGUGGUCAGAUGUACAGUACAGAAAUGAUUGUGAUGUAGAUGAAUGGAUAGAUUAAAUAAGUUAUUAGCUAAUAAGUUAAACGCUAAAAAUACAUUACGCCAAAACGUGAAAUACAUUAUGUUUCUAAAAAUUAAUUCUAAAUCCUCCUCCUGUGUGGUUAGUUGCUUUCAUCACUACUAUUCCUCCUACUUGAGGUCCCCUUGAUGGCAGUUUUGUAGUCAGUUAGACUAAUUCAUUUAACAGGUUAAUGCAGAACAUACAAGAGAAGAUGUAGUUGUGUGUGUAUUAAAUGAAUUGGAGCCAAUGUCAAUUCGGCAACUCAUUCAAACUUAUGAAUGGUAAAAAAAAACCAAAACAAAACAGUUUGUGUCCAAGUUUAAAUGUAGUCAGGUUUUAGCCAACAUCACCCAAUUAAACUCUUACCAUAAAAUGCUUCCCAAAAACAUGUAUAUGUAAUAUACUGCAUAUACAAUGUAAUAAAUGUUUAUAUAACAAAGGAUACUAUUAUAGCUUGUAAAACAUGAAUAUUUUGGGGGUUACAUUUUGCAGUACUGAAAGUGUAUAAUGCAUUUUUAAAACAGUAUGUUACAGCUGGCAUGUGGAGGUUCAUCUUGAGCAGGUUCUACUGCCUCUUGUCUCUUUCUAAAGGGCGUCUAGUUUUCCUUGCUGUGGGAUGUAUGGACAUGAAUACUGCAUGGAUGACAAAUCCCUUUGUUUUUGUAAUGAUGGAAAAGCACAUUAAUAAAGAAAAACAUGAAAUAACAGGUUUGAGCUAUGAAUUUUAUUUUUCUGGAAAUUCUGUGUGAAUGGGUAAGGGGAAUGCAUGUUAUAUUUCUUUAUCUGGGCCAUAUUCAUAAAGCAUUUAUCAUUGUGCUAUGUAUGUAUCUUAAAAAAACAAAACAAAAACAAAAACCUUUGUGUAAACCACUGCUGAUGUUAGAGAACCAGAAAGACAAAACUAAGGUGCAUGUAAGUGCUGUUAAAUUAACAAAAUUGUUUUCUUUUUAGAUUUACAUUAUGAAUACAGCCCUGGAAGUGCUACUGUUUAAAAAAAAAAAAAAAAAAAAAAAAAUACUAAA